GGCUUGGGCGUGAGGAGAGAAGAGAAGAUCGUCGUGAGAACUAGGAUUUUAGCACACAGCAAAUCUGAAGAACACGUGUCACAUGUUUAUCGUCGGUGUCGUCGCACGAAAGAGUCUCUUUAACCGCCUUAGGCGUGAGAUAAGAAGUCAAAAUAUGGCUUCCGAAGCAUUACGUUUACGGAAAUCUUGUUUGAUGUGUCGACAUUUUUGGUGAACAUUAAACCAACAUCAACAGUGAUAAGUGCGAUGAGAUGAGAGCCGGGAUUGGAGUGAACGAGUGAUACGAGCAAAAAACCUCGAUGAUAAGCUCGCUGGUCCGCUGCUUGAAGGAACCUGCGAGUGAAGAUUUUCCAUGAGUAAGAAGAACCCGUUGAUUGCAGCCGAAAUUCUAUUCCGAAGCAUGGAUUAGAAGGCAGUCAGUCUAAGUGCACCAGUUGCCAGUUGAUGGGCGUGGCGUGGAUCUUUCCGGGGAUCAAACUCGUUGGAAUAAUGUAACAAUAUCCAACGCAAGUGUAAUUGAACUCCAAAGUGUGCAUAUGAGUGUGUGUGUUUGUGCUCAAGGUCGAUUUUAUACUUAGCCCUUGUUGGAAAUAGGCGAAGGGAAAGUGCAGUGUGAAGAUAUGGCUGAUCCAACGAUACAGACAUUCUGCUGCCACAACCGGAUACGUUCACCACCGGCUGUGAAGCUCAUGUCCGAGUUCAACACCGAUGGCUACAUUGUGGUGUGUAUUGUUUCGUCGGUUCUCGGAAUAGCUGGUGCCAUCUAUCAGAUUUGGAUCCGCAACGAAGACCCACCCAAUCCGCAGUUCGUCCACCGUCGUCGCCCGGGCUCGGCUUCAGCCGCCAGCUAUAGUACGGGGCGUAGCAUUAUCGUGUGGCUAGCGGUAGCCGAUCUGUGCGCCUCGCUCGGUGUAUUCCUCCGGUCGGCCCUGUGGAAGUAUAUCAAAAAUGUUAUCCCACCGGACAGCGACGAUGUCGACACGACUAACGUUAUCUUUUGUGCCGUUUCGUCAGCAUGGAUUCAGUAUUUCUAUAUGUGCACGUGGCUUUGGACGCUGAGCUACGCGAUCAAUGUGCGGCGGCAGCUGAGCGGUACCAGGGUGGCACUGCGAACGUAUCACCUCUACGUGUGGAGCAUUUCAGCGGUACUGACAGCGACCGGGUUGACGGUGCUCUACGUUCCGGAUGCUGAUUGUCACAACGUGCACGACGUAGGCAGUGCCUAUCUUCGGAUACUACCAAACUACCUCACCACCUACGGGCCGAUGAUAGCAGUGAUGGUGGCCAAUCCGGUGCUGUACUUUGCGGCCUCCAAGGAGGUCGAUCGGCAGCUGGUGGCGCGCUUCAGCCAGAUGACAUCCACCGAGCGCGAUCUCAUGACCAAGUUUAAGAUGAAAUUCUCUCUAAUCAAUUUUGUGUUUUACGUGUGCUGGUUACCGAACUUGCUCAACGGUAUCAUCCUGUGGACCAUGUGGUUUUCGUUACCAUUCCAGACAAUCGUCACAGUGUGGUAUGUGAUGGCUAUAACAAAUCCACUUCAGGCAUUCCUGAACUCAUUGGUGUAUCAGAGGUGGAACUGCGGAUGGCGGUUACGACGGCAUGAAGACGAUGCAGAUGCUGACAAUAGGCGUCGAAACCGUCACUCACACGGAUCCUCGGAGGCAACACCACUGCUCCAGUCUCAGCUAUUCAAGCCGGAAUCACCUUCGACGUCAUCGCAUGUCCUGUUGCAAGAAUCUCCCGUCGGUUUGAACCCCAAUCCAACGCGGAGCAUCAAUUCAUGUACAUUGGUCUGAUGUAAGAUGGUGCUUCGCUUCGUUACUAACAAGAAUGAUGAUAAUCACACACACACAAAUUAGAGUUUAAAACACAUUCCAUCUCAUUUUUAGAAUCUACUUAUUUAUGACAACUGAACAGAUUGUGAGUUUUCUUUUUUGUUCUACAGAAUAAA